UGACAACAUGGGCUAACGUAUCACGUGCCGUAACGCGUUGACGUCAGCACGUCGAGGAAGUGACGUGAACACGUGGUUUUUCGGCUGGCCACGCUUCUACAUAGAGCGACAAUCGUUUCAGACAGUUUUGAUCAGUUCAAUAGCAGAAGAAUGGCAGUCCGUGCAUCUUUUGAAAAGAAUAAUGAAAUUGGCUGCUUUGCCAAACUCACAAACACAUAUUGCUUGGUGGCGAUUGGCGGUUCAGAAAACUUUUACAGUGUCUUUGAAGGUGAACUGUCAGAAACGAUGCCUGUCGUGCAUGCCUCUAUAGCAGGAUGUCGAAUUAUUGGCAGAAUGUGUGUGGGAAAUCGUCACGGUCUCUUGGUGCCCAACAACACAACAGAUCAAGAGUUACAGCACAUUAGGAACUGCCUGCCAGAUUCAGUGCAGAUUCAGAGAGUAGAAGAGCGUCUUUCUGCGCUGGGGAACGUCAUCGCUUGUAACGACUACGUUGCUCUAGUUCAUCCUGAUCUGGACAGAGAAACCGAAGAGAUUCUUGCAGACACUCUCAAGGUGGAAGUGUUCAGACAGACGAUUGCGGAGCAGGUGCUUGUGGGUAGUUACUGCGCCUUCAGUAACCAGGGAGGCCUCGUCCACCCCAAAACCUCCAUAGAAGAUCAAGAUGAGCUCUCAUCACUCCUGCAAGUACCUUUAGUGGCUGGGACGGUGAACCGCGGUAGUGAGGUGAUCGCUGCUGGUAUGGUGGUGAACGACUGGUGUGCCUUCUGUGGGCUGGACACCACGAGCACGGAGCUGUCCGUCAUCGAGAGCGUCUUCAGAUUGAGUGAAACGCAGCCCAGCGCCAUCGCAACUACCAUGAGAGACUCGCUCAUCGACAGUCUCACAUAAAACUGAAAUGGUUUUGAAGUCUUUAUUUGUGGGAAGGUGCCUAAAUGGACCUGGAAGUCAUUAUUAGACGGUUUGAAGGCUUCAGGGAGACACGCUCUCUUGUCUUUAUACCAUGAGAAAACAUGUUGUCAUUAUAUUAUUCAUGUAUGAACUGCGUGUUACACUGUCUUUUUGUAAAAUACUAAGACAAAAGCAUUGAUUGGCUGAUUUGAUCUAUAAAUCACUUCACAUACUACAUAAAAAAAAGACCACAUGACCUUUAAAUGGUGGCAGAUGUCGUUUGUUUGCUUGCACAAUGCAGCAUCAAUAAAGCUGUGCAUGAUCAACAUCGACUGGUUUGGUAAAUAAAAAUCAUAAACUUCCACAGAAGGUCUUUUUAGUGAUUUUUUUUUAUGUAGUAUUGCUUAUGCCGUUUGAAUAUUAAUAAAAGGCUUUUGACAACAUUCUGAUGCCAUAACUGUUUUAUUGACGGCUGUGAAUAUGAGAAUACAUUCAGAAAUGUGUGGCAGUAUGAAUAGUGCAGUUCAGCUGAACAUGGUCGUCUGUAGCAUGGUUUGGUUCUUUGGUAUUUACCAAUUUGCACAAAUCUCAACACAUUACAGCAUGUUAUAAUGUAGAAUAUAAAAGUAACAUGCGCACAAUGAUAAAAAAACUAAUGGAAUGCAGCAAAAUACUGUAUGAACUCAAACUAGUAAAGUAAAACAUGACAAGAAAAAAUACUGUAUUACCGUUCAAAAGUUUGGGAACUAUGAUUUUGUUUGUUUUUU